CGGACCUUGUCCACAAGCGAUGAAAUACCAGAAUUGAACUUCCACUUCUCGUCCUCACUCUCUGCGAACUUGCCUUCGGAAUGCUGGGACGACUAGUUCGACUUCGAGGACGUUCGCUGCGUCCAGCGACGGUUUACGGUGUAUCACAUCUUCAUUCUUCCGCGGUAUGCUGGGGGAAGGUCUUGCGGACGUUCAAGCUCGCAGACAUUGGUGAGGGCAUAACGGAAUGCGAGGUCAUUCGAUGGAACGUAAGCCCAUCGAGUCAAGUCGCCGCGUUUGAUGCGCUCUGCGAAGUUCAAAGUGACAAGGCUAGUGUGGAAAUCACGAGUCCGUUCGACGGAGUGGUGAAAGACCUCUUAGUCAAGGAAAGCGAGGUAGCAAAGGUCGGCGAGGGCCUGUGUAUCAUUGAGGUCGACGAGGAGCAUGCUGGAGACGAACAGACUUCUAGCCCGCCUCCGCAUCCGGAGCAGGAAGCUAUGGAGAGCAAAGACUUUUCUGCAGAAAGGAAUGUCGAGCCAACUGCAGACGUACCCACGCCUGUGCGUAGGCAUCAUCCACUAGACCCCAGUGCUCCGCAAGACGUCAAGGCGACCCUCGGCACGAACGCGGAGAAUGUGCUCGCCACCCCUGCCACACGAUACUUUGCCCGCCAGAAUGGCGUAGACCUUGCUAAGUUGGCUCCUGGAAGCGGCAAAGGUGGCCGGAUUGAAAGGCGGGAUGUUGAAGCGUACCUCGCAGGAGGCCAGGAGCGCAAUGCGGUACCAAUCACGCAGGCCCCACCGCAGGUUCAGCAGGCAGAAGACGCCGUGAUUGAGCUCGGACGUACACGCUACGGCAUGUGGAAGGCGAUGACCAAGAGCUUGGAGAUCCCACACUUCGGCUACUCUACAAGCCUAGACUUGACGACACUGAACGAGAUAAUGCCCAUCCUGAACUCAUAUAUUCCUGCGCAUUAUCUGCCACCAUCCUCGAAGCCGUCGCAUCCCCCAGCAGUGUCACCUUCGGCCUUCUACGCGCAAUCCAGCCCUCCAACAGCCGAGCCUUCCGCGCAGUUCACCAAGCUCACCUAUCUCCCUAUCCUCCUGAAGACCCUCUCAAGAGCGAUGCUGGAGUGGCCGCUCUUCCGCUCCUCUAUCAUGCCCUCGUGGAACGCCGCCUCAGGUGAGAAGCCGACGCUCACGCUGCGCUCGCACGCCGACAUCAACAUCGCGCUCUCGACGCCGACGGGCCUUUACACGCCGACGCUCCAGCGCGUCGACGCGCACAACGUGUACGCGCUCGCCGCGCAGCUCAAGCACCUCUCGCACCUCGGCCGUCAGAUCCCCUGCGGCCUCACGCCCGCUGAGAUGCCCAAGCGUGGCGGCACGCUCACGGUCUCGAACGUCGGCGGCAUCGGCGAUGGCGAGGCCGCCUCGCCAGUGCUUGUCCCCGGCGGUGGUGUCGCCAUCGUCGCCAUCGGCCGCGCCAGGUGGGUCUGGGACGUCAAUCGCGGCGAUGGUCGCGGCGAGCGCCGCCUCAAGGUCGGCGUUAGUUGGAGUGCGGACCAUCGCGUCGUCGAGGGUGCCGAGCUCGUCGCGUUUAUUGAGAGCUGGAGGAGCUGGGUCGAAGCGCCGCAAAGACUUAUCGCUGAGGGUGUAUAAUUGAGAGGGAUUGCCCACAUAUACAGCUCGCCUGUGCAAGUGGCUGUAUUAUAAUAGCACUAUUGCCAACAUGCUAUCUGCUCCGCGAACGCAUCCAAACGUUCGUGGUAAAUCGUAGCUACAAAUCCUGGAAAGCAAAGUCACCAUGGGUACUCUUAACUUAUCGCAAG